UACUGAAAGAAAAAAACAAACACGCUGUAAAGCAAAUAUCUAUCAGGAUAUUAAGUCAUGAAUUAAAUGGUACGGUGGUGACUGCCGCAGUUAGCGCGGUUACCACCUCAAAAAACGAAAAACACAACAACCAAGCAGUGUGGUAGCUGUUGUGAAAGCGCGAUGUAAUAAAGUUGAGUUGAGCAAGACACGGGACGGCCGAGAGAGCGUAUUCAAGUGUCCGAGCAGGACGCGAACGCCUCCUCAUCAUCAGCGGACCUGCUGCAAGUUGCUGCAGACACCUGCAGGAGCCGAACCGGCACCGACGACACGAGACGAAACAUGGGCAGCGGUGACAGCAAACUUCACUUCAGGAAGGCUGUAAUCCAGCUCACCAGCUCCACUCAGGCCGUGGAAGCAUCGGACGAGGUCUUCUGGGACCAGUUCUGGGCCCAGCCGUCCAUGUCGGUCCAGGACAUCUUCGCCUUGGUUCCGCCGGCUGAGAUCCGUGCGCUGAGGGAGGAAUCUCCAUCCAACCUGGCCACAUUGUGCUACAAGGCGGUGGAGAAGUUGGGCCGGGCGGCGGAUCGUGGCUGCCCGUCGGAGCGAGAGCGCGUCUCCGUCCUAAACUGCACCCGUCUGUUGACCCGCGUGCUGCCCUUCGUGUUCGAGGACGCCGACUGGCGAGGCUUCAUGUGGGCCGGCCUGCCUGCUGCCCGUAAGCAAUGUUGCCACGACAACGACAACAACAACGACGACGAUGACGACCCCGAUGGCGCUCGCCCCCUGGCUGAGUCGCUCCUCCUGGCCAUCGCCGACCUUCUCUUCUGUCCCGACUUCACCGUCCAGGGCCGUAAGCGGGGCGGGCAGGAAGUUGUUGGAGACGCGGACGCCGCGGUGGACAGCUGCGAGUUGAUCUGGGAGGCGGGCGUGGGCUUCUCCCAAUCGCCGCCGCUCAACUCCAGCCACGACAGAAACAGGGCGGAGCUUCUCAAGCUGCUGCUGACGUGCUUCUCCGAGGUCCUUUACCUGGUGCCCGCCGAGCAUCGCGUCAACCCCUGGGUGCUCUUCUUCUGCUCCGCCGCCAACAGACACGCGCUCCCGCUAUUCACGUCGCUGCUGAACGUGGUGUGCGCCUACCAGCCUUCAGGAUGGGGCUUCCCUUACGACCACUUGCUCAUGUCAGACCAGCGCCAGCUGCUGGUGGAACAAGCGCUUCAGGUUCUCAUGGUCGCGCUGGAGCAGCGCCCACCCCGCGCCGCCGCCGAGGACGAGACCGAUUUGGGUGGUCCUGAGAACCAGUUUGUCAACUUCCUGUCCAGGAUCCACCGAGAAGAGGACUUGAGCUUCAUCCUGAAAGGUGUGAGCCGGCUCCUCAACAACCCACUGGUGCAGACCUACCUGCCUAACUCCACCAAGAAGAUCACCUUCCACCAGGAACUGCUCGUCCUGUUUUGGAAACUCUGCGACUUCAACAAGAAAUUCCUCUUCUUCGUGCUGAAGAGCAGCGACGUUCUGGACGUGCUGGUCCCCAUUCUGUUCUUCCUCAACGAAGCCCGCGCCGAUCCCUCCGGUGCGGGCCUGGUCCACAUGGGCGUCUUCAUCCUGCUGCUAUUGAGCGGCGAGAGGAACUUUGGCGUACGCCUCAACAAACCCUUCACGCUGCGCGUCCCCAUGGACGUCCCAGUUUUCAGCGGGACGCACGCCGACCUGCUGCUCGUGAUCUUCCACAGGAUGAUGACGUGCGGACAUCGGCGACUGCAGCCGCUCUUCGACUGUUUGCUCACCAUCAUCGUCAACGUUUCUCCAUACCUGAAGAGUUUGUCCAUGGUGUCGGCCAACAAGCUUCUGCACCUCCUGGAGGUUUUCUCCGGGCCGUGGUUCCUGUUCUCGGCCCCGCACAACCACCAGCUCGUCUUCUUCCUCCUGGAGGUUUUCAACAACAUCAUCCAGUACCAGUUUGACGGCAACAGCAACCUGGUGUACUCCCUGAUCCGGGGGAGGAGCCUUUUCCAACGGCUGGCCAACCUCCAGGCCGACGCGGCGUUCAUCAACAAGGCGCUGCUGCACAAAAAGAAGAAAAAAAAGAAGAGCGCCGAUUCUUCCCACGACAACUCUGCCGGCACGGAAUCCUGCCCGAAAAGCCGACAGGAGGAGUUGGACCUGGCCGGUGCCCUGGAAGCCGCGCCAGAUCCACAUCGCACCUGGAUCCACAACAUCACCGAGAAGUCCCACGUUGGUGAUAACGGCGCUGUCGAUUCGGACGGCGCGCGGACUGCCGCCGAGUGCAGCGUCGUGGGCGGGGCCAGCGACACCGAGCCCAAUUCGGAGAGGGACCACGAGGGCACGCAGAAGGAGAGCAAAGGGGGCAUUCGCCUCCCAGCCAGGGCCUCGGCUUCGUCGCCCUGGAGCCCCACGCCCGACUGGGUGCUGUCGUGGAAGUCCAAACUUCCCCUGCAGACCAUCAUGCGACUUCUGCAGGUUCUGGUGCCACAGGUGGAGAAGAUCUGCAUCGACAAGGGUCUGACGGAUGAGUCCGAAAUCCUGAAGUUCCUCCAGCACGGGACCCUAGUGGGCCUGUUGCCCGUGCCGCACCCCAUCCUGAUCCGCAAGUACCAAGUGAACGCCGUCACGUCGUCGUGGUUCCACACAUACACGUGGGGGGUGGUUUACUUGCGCAACCUGGAUCCUCCCAUCUGGUACGACACCGACAUCCGACUCUUUGAGAUCCAGAAGCUUUAAGACGACGACGACUUCUUCGUCAUCGCCUUCACGAGGAAGACGUGCAAAAAAAAGACCGAACAGUCGUGAAAUAAAAUGGCGUGAAACAA